CAAGGGAAGACCAGAUCAUCGCUGUGUACACCUUUUCUAGAAUUAUCUUAGUAGUUUUUGUUCUUAGAUUGAAUUGUUAAAAAAUGGGUAUAGUUGUAAUAUUAGUCUUCUCCGGCUUGGUGGCUUCUUCAACAGUGGGCUUUGCUUUGAGUGAGCUGACUUUAGAAGCAGACAGACCCUCAAUGAGUGUGCCGGUCUUGGGAAAUGCUUUACUGCAAUGCUGCUGGAAAUCAAAGUCAGUGACAUACACUUGGGUCAAGCAAACAUCCAACUAUACUCUGAGUUUUCUAAAUGGAACAGGCUCAGUAACAAGCUCUAAUGGCGUUUUUUGUGGCCAACUAAAGUUCACUCAAGUACAGCUGGACCAAACUGCCUUUUACAGCUGUAUGCUGAAUAAUGGCAGUGAUGUUACACAUGGAACCUACCUGCGCGUCUAUGAGCCACUGAAGAAGACCAUAAACCUCAGUGAAACCACCAAAAACAAGAUCCUGAUCGCUGAAGGAUUCUUACUGUUACUGUGUGUGCUGCUGCCUUCUUCCAUUCUUCUGUUCAAGUCCAAGGAGCUUAAUGAUCUGGAAAAGAAGAACGCAAAGAAGGAAGAGGAAAAUAUAUAUCAGGGGCUAAAUCUGGAUGAUUGUUGUGCAACAUACGAUCAGAUUGAGCGCUCCCAAACACAGGGCCCGUACCAGGAUGUGGGCAAUAUUAAGGAAGAAGAGGAAGAAAUCCAGCUGGAGAAACCAUAAAGCAAAGUGAAGAAAAGAAGAUUAACAGUGUUAUAUGUGAAUAUCAGGCUUCUUACAACAUGCUCUGAUUUCAGAGCUUUGUGCACUUGCGUAAUUACUUUUUUUUUUUUUUUAACAUUAUGCUUAACCAAAUUUCAUUUAAGAUUUAAAUUGCAUUUGUCAAAACAUUCGUAACAUUAUAUCCACUGUGUUGCAGUCAGGAUUUUAGAAAAACUGACAUAACAACUAUAAAUCCAACUCUUCAAAUCAGAAACUUAAUUUUAUUCAGUUGUUCUAUUAUGUUUGUACAUUUCAGUCAUUUUAGUGUGUGUUUUGUCUACUCAGUUUUUUUUUUUGUUUGUUUUUUUAAUUUUCUACUUUGGCGCACAGAUUGUAAAAAAAAAAAAUUGCUGGUCAGACUGGAAUACUCAGAAAAUUUGCUGAGGACGGUUGCUUUAUCGGCUUCUUUAAUAUUCAUUGACUCAACCAUAUGCGACAAUUAUGCGCUUUUUGCUAUUUCUGUUAAAUGCUGGAAUAAUAAAAUGAUGUUUUGUUU